GUUUUGUUUUGUGAUAACAAUUCACAACACGUUUUCAGCAUUUUGAAAAUUCUGAUUUCUACGAUCAUUUUAUUCCGAGUGCUAAUAACGAAUUUGUGUACCCAAUUUUAUUUUAUUAUCCUAUUAUAUUUAAUCAGUUUAAACAAUGGUGCUUUUGUGUAUCGUUAAGAACUGUGUGAACUCCAAUAGGAAGCUAAAACAAAGGAGCUGUCCUUUGCAUAAGUUCCCAAAUGAUAUAUCACGUUGUAAUCAAUGGUUAACAAACAGCAAAUUAUUUGAUCUUCGCGGCAAAUCGAAAUAUUAUCGAAUAUGCGGUAGACAUUUUAAUGCCAAUUCAUAUAGUAAUCCUAAAAAGAAAAAAUUAUUACCAACAGCAAUACCUACAGAGUUUGAUUUUACUGAAUCAGACAUUGAGCAGCCUUUGGUUGAUUCUGUUGAAGUGUCUAUUGAAGAUGAUACUUCUCUUGUUGAACCAAUAUAUUCAAAUACACCUUCAAAAUCAGAUGUUUUAGAAAGUUCAACAUCUACUCAAAGUGCCCAGCUGCUAUCUGUCAACACACCUAGAAAACGUCUAUUAAAAACUAAGGUAAAUGAACUUGUAAAAAAGUGUAGAAUGUUGGAGGGAAAUGUCAACUUAAUGUCCAACAAAUUUUUACAAGUAAUGACUUCUAAAGAUCAUUUUUAUGAAGUAUGUGAUAUACAUUUACCACCUAAUCCUUCAAUGAUCGUCAAAAGUUAUUGUAGAAUAGCUUCUAGACAUCCUCAAGGCUUUCGUUAUACUAAUCAACUAAAACAAUUAGCCUUAACAAUUUAUUUCUUUGGGCCAAUGGCAUAUAGGUUCUUAAAAAAUAUUUUGCAAUUACCUAGCCCACGAGCUCUACGAAUAAUCACUGAGAAACUAGAUUAA